GCACCAUCUCCACCAUCUCCACCACCCCCACCACCUCAACCCUCCUCUAGCUCUCCCUCUCUCUCUCUCUCUCUCUCUCCCUCUCUCCCUCUCUCUCUCUCCCUCUGCAAGUGCUGGCUGCUCAGAUGGCUGAAGCGAGAGCACAUGGGUUCGUCUACGCCAGCAAGAAGAGGCCGGGGUCCGAUGAUGCCGAUGGCGGCGAGGACGCGAUGGUGGUGGCCAAGAAACAGAUGAUCUCCGGCCCCGUGGCGGGGGUGUGGGAGGACCCGGCGGCGGCGCUGGCGGGCGCGAGGCACGAGUUCGGGGAGCACGGCGGGGUGAACAUGUCGAUCGAGGCGUCGGCCACCUUCACGGUGAUGGAGCCGGAGACGAUGCGGCGGAUGUUCACCGGGGAGCUCGGCCCCGACCGCGACUUCUUCAUCUACAGCCGCCACUUCAACCCCACCGUGCUGAACCUCGGCCGCCAGAUGGCCGCCCUCGAAGGGACCGAAGCCGCCUACUGCACCGCCAGCGGAAUGUCCGCCAUAUCAUCGGUGCUGAUGCAGCUGUGCAGCAGCGGCGGACACAUCGUGGCGUCCCAGGCGCUGUACGGCGGGACCCACGCCCUCCUGACCCACUUCCUCCCGAGGGCGUGCAACAUCACGACGACGUUCGUGGACAUCCGGGACCACGCCGCGGUGGCGGCCGCCGUGGUCCAGGGCCGGACCAAGGUGCUUUACUUCGAGUCCGUCUCGAACCCGACGCUGACCGUCGCCGACAUACCGGAGCUCUGCCGGCUGGCCCACGACAAGGGCGUGACGGUGGUCGUCGACAACACGUUCGCGCCGAUGGUCCUGUCCCCGGCCCGGCUCGGCGCCGACGUGGUGGUGCACAGCAUCUCCAAGUUCAUCAGUGGUGGGGCCGACAUCAUCGCAGGCGCGGUCUGCGGGCCGGCGAAACUAGUGAACUCGAUGAUGGACCUCCACCAGGGAGCGUUGAUGCUCCUCGGCCCGACCAUGAACGCCAAGGUCGCGUUCGAGCUCUCCGAGAGGAUCCCCCACCUGGCCCUCCGGAUGAAGGAGCACUGCAACCGGGCCCUCACCUUCGCGACCCGGCUCAAGAAGAUGGGCCUCAAGGUCGUGUACCCGGGCCUCGAGGACCACCCGGACCACGUGCUCCUCAAGUCGAUGGCCAACAAGGACUACGGGUACGGCGGGCUCAUGUGCGUGGACAUGGAGACGGAGGAGCGGGCCAACCGGCUGAUGCACCACCUGCAGAACGUCACGCAGUUCGGGUUCAUGGCCGUGAGCCUGGGGUACUACGAGACGCUCAUGUCGUGCUCGGGGAGCAGCACCAGCAGUGAGAUGAGCGAGGAGGAGCAAGCGCUGGCCGGGAUCUCGCCGGGGCUCGUGCGCAUGUCGGUCGGGUACAUCGGAACGCUCGAGCAGAAGUGGGGCCAGCUCGAGAAGGCGAUCGCGAGAAUGGGCGAGUUCGGGUUGCUGAAGAAGAAUUGACGGCUCCUUCAGAGGAAAUGUUAGAUGAAUGAGAUAACGAAAGUAGGCAAGUGAUCCUUUGUGGUGGUUCAAUGUGAAAAUGGGAGUGCUAAUAAACGGGUGUCCUACUACUUUGGUUUGUAAAUUCAUCGGACUUUUUGCUGUCUUUCCGCUAAGAAUUUCGUCGUUUGUUCACUUCAA